AUGGGAGAGGUUGUGGAGAAUCUGUCGCUACGUCUCCUGUUCGUAUUUCUGAUCACGGAUCUCAUUCUUUGUUUUUAUAUUAUCAUCUGGCCGAAGAGGCUGCUCCGGGGAGAUCGCGCACCUUUUUUGGCUUUUCAGGUUUUCAACCCUUUUUUUUUCAAAACUAAUAAACAUUUUCAGAUCAUCGCAAUGUUCGGGACGUUCGUGAGCAUGGUUUAUUGCUUCUACUUCGACAGAUAUAAAAUAAUGAUCUUUGGAGCUGUGGUCCAAACCUACUGCAAGGUUGAUUGUUCUUUCAUUCAGAAUCGCGCACAAGUAUUCUCAAGGGCUUCCCAUUAAGCCUCACCUCAUGCGAUCAUAACCUACGAGAGUAAAGAACAUUUUAUACUUUCACAUAUAACAGAUCAUGUAGUCCUAACAGUCGAAAACCGUUUCAAGUAGGCUGCACUAAAACAAAAAAUCAUUCCUUUUGCGACAACGUUAUUCAAGAUCUGAAAAUAAAGUGUCACACUCACAGCAGGCCGUCCUUCGGGCGACCAAAACUCAAAAAAAGAAAGAAAUCAAAAAUCCUGAACUUGAAAGCUACAUUCUGGGAUUGCAUAUGGUAAGGCUCGGCUUAGCUGAUACUAUCCUGCGCAAGUCGUUUUUAUGUCGGUCGCACUCAACAUUUUGUAGCCCCUACUCCUGGCCUUUUACGACGUGAUGGUGCUGGUGACGUUGCAUGUCUCCGUCAACUGCUUCCGACGCUACCGGACGCUUCUCGACCCGAACGACGUCAUCCGCGACUACAACCGCCAUCUCAUCUGCAUCUACGUCGUCCUCCUCGGCCUCCUCAUUCCUGACGCCUUCCAAACGGGCUUCGCCAGCUCGGCCUUCAUGGGAGUGCAUCUGUCAGUCGACGUCGGCCUCUUCGGCCUUCUGACCUUCGUCGUCUUCAAAAUACAGAGCAUCAUAAGGCAGACGCCUGAAAGGGAAGACCGGAGCGUGAUCAUCACCAAUACUCAACUGGGACUGGCUCAGGUUCCGUUUCAUCUAUGAACCAGAAAUUCUAAAAAAAAACUUUGAAAGUAAGAAAAUUUCGUCAAUCCUAACGUUACCUACGUGAGCAACGGAUUUCUCGUAAUAAUAUUGAAGUUGACCUGAGAUCUAAAGAACCAUUGAAAAAUUUUAGAAAAAGGGUUUUCGAGCGAUUUCAAAGUAUCGGGGUUCAACUUUAAAAAAAGAAAAAGGAUCCUAUCUUGCCAGGUGUUCGCGCCGAUGACGUCCCUAUUCUUGGCGAACUUCUCCUACCACCUCAACACGCUCUUCUACCCCAACGACGGCCUUUUCACCACGACGAUGGUCUUCUACGUGCUCUUCCCGAUGGUCAAGUCGAUUUCGAUCCGCGUAUGCCGAAUCGGUCGCCAUCCGGGAAUCAAACCGGUCGGCUUCAUUCCUGGCUCCGCAGCAGCUCCUGUCAUCGUCGCCCAACCGUUUCCUUCCGUCCAACCUCCCAACCAAAUGGCGAAUCUCCCGCCUUACCCCGGAUUUGUCCCUCAGAAGUAG